GGAACUUGGACACUGGCAAACUCGUGGCCGGUCCAUUUGAUAGCAUUGGUCAUGUGGGCGCAGUUCGAUUCUCCCCAGACUCAAAGAAGCUCGCAGUCCAGUCAUAUUGGGGGACGUGCCUCGAGGUUUGGGAUCUCAAAUCACAGAAAUUGGAUGUGAGGAAAGGGCAAUCUGUUAUCAGAGGACACAACACAACUGCGCCAUUGUUUUGGACAAACAAAAACAUCAUAGCAGCAUUCAGUUUCACCACGGAUUACCAUGACCUCGCCAGGACUAUCUACGAGUUCGACAGGUCAACGCUGGAGACCGCCAAGACGAUCUACGAAUUUGAUGCGUCGAUGCUGGAGACCGUCGGAACUCCCUUCGAAGGGCACACCUCGACUGUCACAGGUCUAGCACUUUCACUUGACGGCACUCUCCUUGCUAGCGCUUCCUACGACAACACCAUCAAGCUCUGGGCUUUCGAGUCUCGCCAGCUCCUCGCUUCCUUCAACGCUUAUAUCCAUGCCCUUGUCCUUUCACCCGACUCACGCCAACUAGCUUACACAACAUCCACCGACAACGAUCACAUCUACAUAUGCGAUAUUCCAUUCGACAUCCUCGCUCAGGUUAGCGUAUCACUCCCCGCGGACAUUUUCUUACAGACCAAUGCAUGCAAGGAGUCAGCUCGUAGCAUUCUACCACCUCCCCCUACCAGUUUCGCCCCUCGUCAUGCAGGGUCCAAAUCCUGGACUGACAGACAUGCCGGAACUUCUCACACACAGCCUACUAAGGUGCAGUUAUCGUCUGCUACGAUGUGGGGGCAACACUAUGAACUGGGAUUCCAGCCACUGCGCCAGGACACACUGCAUUCCAACAAAAGACCCAUGGCAGAUCUCCAAAGUACAACUAUAUCGCCUGUCAUAGGUCUUCCCCCUCCAUCGCAGAUACCCUCCUCUACACUAGGUUCACGGCCACUCCAGUCGCACCCCGACCCCCGCGAACUCCUUCCCUCCUCUUCCUACACGCAUACGGUCUUUUCAACUCGUAAUGUUGGAUCUGGCAAUCUCCCCCUUGAAGCAACGCUCCAAGACCUCUCAAAAUAUAUCACCAAGGAUGGAGACUACCCUAUUGCUCGUGGCGGGUUCGGGGAGAUCUGGAAAUGCACACUUUACAAAGAUCGUAACUCAGUCAAUGUCGCAGUGAAAUCAUUGCAGGUGUACGCUGAUGAUCAUUUUGGGGCAGCGAAGACAAAAAAGAUCAAGAGGAUAAAGCGUGAACUCAGGAUAUGUGCAAACCUCAACCAUCCAAAUAUUUUGCCUGUUUUUGGUUAUACGUGUGGCUUCGGCCCAUUUAUAGCAAUAGUCAGUCCUUGGGCGGACAACGGUAACUUGACGGUCUAUUUGGAGCGUGAGGGUGCAGAUCUUACUCUCGUUAGACGAUUUCAGCUGCUAAGAGAUAUCAUAGCUGGUCUGCAAUAUCUUCACGCCAACAGUGUAAUCCACGGUGACUUCAAUGGGGUGAGUUCGAUCUUCCUAAUGGUUCCAAUUUCAUUGAGAUGUGAGCUCCAGCCUAACGUGCUUAUUUACGGUGAUGGCACUGCGUGUGUUGCUGACUUUGGCCUUUCGUUGAUGUAUUCCGAGUUUAUAAGCGCCUCUCAGGCUUCCUGGACGUCCACGCUCAAAGGCAACAUGCGAUGGAUGGCUCCUGAGCUGCUUGGAGAGCGGGAGGAUGGCUCUCAAGCUCGGCCAAGCGAGCAGAGUGACAUGUAUUCAUUCGGCGGUAUCAUGCUGCAGGUCCUCACCAACAAAAUACCCUAUUAUCACCUCACGAAUGAUGCCGCCAUCAUACUUUGCAUAGCCAAGUCACAAACGCCUUCCAGAUCUCGUUAUCCUAAGCUCCCUGAACAAUACUGGCAAUUUAUCGAGCAGUGUUGGUCUACUCGUCCUUCGGACCGUCCCUCGGCGGAGGGAGCCGACACCACGAUCAGGAAUGAAUUUCACUCGCUGUCCAGACCUCAUUGAUUCUUGCACUGCCUCGGAUUCAGACAUAUUUUUACAGCACAGCCAGAUAGAUAAACCUAGGUAUACCUGUAUAGUAAACGUGGGCUCACCCCAGGAUAUUAGAGCGCACCUGUGCCGCAACGCGGCAACGUCAGUUGCACAGUUAUUGGAAUCGGAAGAAUCAUUGGAAUUGAUGAAAGAAUUAUCCUGUUCACGAAUUCUGCGACGACCUACAUGCAGGCGAUCACUGGUCCGACUGACAUCAGUGAAUUGACGAGUCCUUGAUAUUGUAUCCGUGAGAACGAUAGAAGCACGUAAUUAUGCCCCCG